CUCUCCGUCUCUCUUUCUCAAAUUGACAUUGGUCUGCCUCGAAACAUGAUAACAGAAAAGCCUCCACGCGCUCCGCAUUUUAAGCAGGCGUAAAGACGUUUGUUUAAAAAAAAAAAAGAAAAGAUAUUAAAAAAAAAAAGAAAAAGAAAAAAGGGAGCUCGCACCGGAUCGUGGUCGGCGCGCGUCCACGGGGACUAAUAUCGCGCUAAUUUAGUGGCGCGUGCACCUUUCUAGAGCUGCGAGAUAUAUUUCUAGAUCCUUCUAGAAAGUCACCAUGAACGUGCACGCCUUCAUUCGAGCCAGCUUUGGAUUUGUGGGCUUUUGCCUGGUCGCCUUUGUCCAACAGUCCACUUCAGGAAGUAAAACCAGCCAAGAUGUGGACGAGUGUGCAGAGGCGCUUGACAACUGCAGCAUCGACGCCAUCUGCCAGAACACGCUGAAAUCUUACAAGUGUAUCUGCAAGUCAGGCUAUAAAGGGGAUGGUAAACAUUGUGAAGAUGUCGACGAGUGUGCAACUGAAUACAAUGGCGGCUGUGUCCAUGAGUGCAUCAAUAUCCCAGGAAAUUACAGGUGCACAUGCUAUGAUGGCUUCCGCUUGGCACAUGAUGGGCACAAUUGUCUAGAUGUAGACGAGUGUUCAGAAGGGAACGGCGGAUGCCAGCAGAUCUGUGUCAACAUGAUGGGCAGCUAUGAAUGUCGUUGCAGAGAAGGAUUCCUCUUGAGUGACAACCAGCACACCUGCAUCCAGAGGCCCAAAGUGCGACCCGAAGGCGCGAGGGACGGACCCACCUGCAUGGACAAGAACCAUGGCUGUGCACACAUCUGUAGGGAAACGCAGAAAGGUGGCAUCUCCUGUGAAUGCCGACCUGGAUUCCAGCUCACCCGCAAUAUGAAGGACUGUAAAUUGACGUGUAACUACGGAAAUGGAGGUUGCCAGCACAUCUGUGAGGAGACGGACCACGGCCCCAAGUGUUCAUGCCACAUGAAGUUUGUCCUGCACACCGAUGGCAAGACUUGUGUUGGCGUGGGUGUGCGUGUGCAUGCAGGGGAGAGGAGUGUCCAGUCCCAGGCAGCCCCACAGCUGUUCCCUAAUGAGACGUGUGCAGUAAACAACGGUGGCUGCGAUAGCACGUGUCACGAAUCGGUGACGGGAGUUCGCUGCAGCUGUCCCGUUGGAUUUACUCUGCAGCCGGAUCGCAAGACCUGCAAAGACAUUGACGAGUGCCGUCUCAACAACGGGGGCUGCGACCACGUGUGUCGGAACACAGUGGGCAGCUUUGAGUGCAGCUGCAAGAAAGGAUACAAGCUGCUGACCAAUGAAAGAACAUGUCAAGACAUCGACGAGUGCUCCUUUGACCGUGCCUGCGACCAUUUCUGUGUCAACUCUGCAGGAAGCUUCCAGUGCCUUUGUCACAAGGGCUACGUCCUCUACGGCCUGGCGCACUGCGGAGAUAUUGAUGAAUGCAGUAUAAACCGGGGAGGUUGUAAAUAUGGCUGCAUUAACACUCUGGGGAGCUACGAGUGUACCUGUCCACCUGGAUACAAGCUGCACUGGAACAGAAAAGACUGCAUAGAGCUAGUGAAAUGUCCUCCAGGCCUUGUUGCCCCAAAGGCUACUCUCACCUGUAGCAAGACAGGCAAGAAAGAGAGCUGCUCUCUCACCUGUGCUUCCAAGGCACACUAUCUGGCAGAGUCUGACAACAGCUAUUCUGUGAGCUGCGGGAUACCCAUCGUCAGAGGGAAGUCCCCCUCUAGGCUCAACACCAGCAGCAGUCAGAGCUGCAUAGAGACUUUGGCGCCUCCAGUGAAACAGACAGCGUCAUUCAAGAUUAAAAAUGCCAAAUGCCACCUGCACCCUAAAUUAACUGGCAGGACUGAGGACAGGGGGCGGACUAUAGGACCAGGAGCUGGUCAGCCCUGCAGUAACUGCCUGGUGACGUUUGUCAAUCUCAAAUGUGACUCCUCAAAGAAAUCAAAAGGUCGGCGUGCUCGCAACCCCACUAAUAAAGAGGUAACACGUAUCACUUUGGAGCUGGAAGCCGAGGUCAAAGCCGGAGACACAACAGGAAGUUGUAAUCUCAGCUGCCUAAGACAACGUAUGGAGAAACAGGUCAAGACUUACAUCAAGGCCCUGAAGAAGUCCAUCAAUCAAGAGCGCUUCCUCAUCCGAGUUGCUGGUUUGGAAUACGAGGUGGCCCAGAAACUUCCACAGGCUGCUCCCGUUCAAGAGAACUGUGGACCAGGCACAGAAAGAGACAGCGGGCGAUGUGUCAGAUGCCUGCCUGGCUCAUACUACCACGGUGAGCAGGAGCGUUGUGUUCAGUGUCCGCCCGGCACCUUCCAGGAGAGGGAGGGCCAGCUGGCAUGCGACCUGUGUCCGGGCAGUGACGGCCACGGUCCUGUCGGGGCAAGAAAUAUUUCCUCAUGUGCAGGCCAAUGUCCCACUGGGUUCUUCUCAGGCGAUGGCUUCAAGCCUUGUCAACUGUGUCCUCAGGGCACAUACCAGCCAGAUUUGGGUCGGACAUUGUGCUUUCCUUGCGGGGGAGGACUGAGCACCAAGCGUGAGGGCGCAAGCUCCUUCCAUGAUUGUGAAGUCAAAGUGCAGUGUUCUCCAGGCCAUUACUACAACACAUCAGUGCACAGGUGUAUCCGCUGCCCAGUUGGAACCUAUCAGACUGAGUUUAGGCAGAACUACUGUAUUUCCUGCCCUGGGAACACCACCACCGACUUUGAUGGCGCUACCAGUGUCUCACAGUGCAAGAACAGGCAAUGUGGAGGCGAGAUGGGCGAGUUCAUGGGCUACAUCGAGUCGCCAAACUACCCGGGAAAUUACCCGGCAAAUGUGGAGUGCAUUUGGAACAUCAACCCGCCCAGCAAGCGUAAGAUCCUGAUUGUGGUGCCGGAGAUCUUCCUGCCAUCAGAGGAUGAGUGCGGAGAUGUGCUGGUGAUGAGGAAGAACUGGUCAGCUACAUCCAUCACAACCUAUGAGACGUGUCAGACAUAUGAACGGCCUAUUGCCUUCACAGCACGCUCCAGGCGCCUCUGGAUUAAUUUCAAGUCCAAUGAGGCCAACAGUGCCAGGGGCUUUCAGAUCCCUUACGUGACUUAUGAUGAGGACUAUGAGCAGCUGGUCGAGGACAUAGUACGGGAUGGAAGACUUUACGCUUCAGAAAACCAUCAAGAAAUCCUCAAGGACAAAAAACUGAUAAAGACUCUUUUUGACGUGCUGGCUCACCCAAACAACUACUUCAAGUACACCACUCGGGAGUCCAACGAGAUGCUUCCUCGCUCCUUCAUACGUCUCAUAAGCAGCAAAGUCUCUGCUUUCCUGCGACCAUACAAGUAAACACGCAUCUCCACCUCAGUAAACACCCCUCUCCUCUUACAGGCUACAUCCCGCAACUCUUAAAGGACUUCAACAUAUAAAACUCGGUUGUUGUUUUUUUUUUUUACCUUUUGUUAUUUUCAAUGGACAAACCUGCAUAAUAAUUUGUGUUGUUUGUCAGUUUUCCUGCACAGAUCCACCGAGCGUGAGCGUUUCGUGGUCAUGUAGAAUAUGUGAGUGGGUUCGGUUUCUAUUGUGUCGUGCAAUGAGACCGUAAAAAAGGAUGGAAUGGUCUGUUUGAGACAGUAGGAGUGAUGUUGUGUUAGAGCUUGUUGUAUUUGCUUAAAUGACUGAUCUGAAUUCCAGCUCCGACUGCGACCAUUAAGUAUGACUGUAAGUGUUGUGCAAGUGUUGUGUAACCCCGGUUCCGUCAUGGCGUGUGUGUGUGUGUGUGUGUGUGUGUGUGUGUGUGUGUGUGUGUGUGUGUGUGUGUGUGUGCUUGAGCGUGUGUCCUCGAGGAGGAGCAGUUGCUAACUAAUUCAUGUCGCAGCUGCGUUCCACCUCAUUUAAAGCCUUACUAUGUUUGAGCUCUUAGAGCAGUUUUACUGUUAAAACAGUUCAUCUGUGCUGUCUAUACUGCAGCAGCCUUUUCCAUCCCGCCCAGAAUUUCUGUUGCUCUUUUUUAUUCUUUUCCAAGGCGACUUUAAAACAAAUACAAAAAAAAAAGGUGGUUAAUCAUUCCAGGAACACAGAGGACAUUUUUGGAAAAAAAUAAACUAAUAACCGUGAGAGCCGCAGGAAUGAGAUGAUGUGGAAUGUGUCUCGGAGAGGGACAUGAUGUUUGCUGCUUCUUGUAAAAGGUCACUUUAAUUUUUUUCCAUCUCAUUUUGACUUCAUAGUCUCAAGGUUUCAAAUGGAAUCUCGAGAUACUUCAUUCUUGUAAAUAAUGAACAAAAGUAAGACAAGGGUUGAUUUUGUUAAACAGGACCCCAGAAUCCCAGAAUCUUGCCCAUUUCAAAUCCAAAGACCACCAAGUCCUUUCAAGUCAUGUUUGGUCUGUCCCAGUGCAGACAGCUCUUCCAAAGAGGGCCCAAAAGGGUAAAGGUUGUUUUGUACACGAGAUCCGCAGCCCCUCAUUCUACCUUGAUAGUAAAAGUGCAAUGAAUAAACACAAAUAUCACACCUUGAAUUCGCUUCAGAUGUGACGCAAAAAAAUCAUUUGGGAAGCCCAUUUUAUGAAAUGUUAAGAGCGGACCUUUACUGCUCUAGUGCAGACAUAAAAGUCAAAAAUGUAUUAAAAAAAAAAA